AUGGACUCAGGAACUCUUUAUAAUCAGCCUGUGGUGAUAGACAAUGGGUCAGGGAACUUGAAGGCCGGUUUUGCUGGUGAAGACAAACCCAAAACUUACUCCUCGGCAAUAAUUGGUAGACCCAAAUAUCAAAAGAUAAUGGCCGGAUCAGUAUUGACUGGUGAUGAUUCUAAUAAGGAAGAAACGUUUAUUGGGAAUAUGGCCCAGCAGAACCGGGGUUUAUUAAGUUUAAGCUAUCCAAUUGAACACGGUAUAGUGAAUAAUUGGGAUGAUAUGGAGAAGUUAUGGUACCAUACGUAUGUUCAUGAUUUACAAACCAAUUCAGAAGAACAUCCCUUGCUUAUAACAGAAGCACCAUUGAAUCCCAAGUCGAAUCGAGAUAAGAUGUGUUCGAUAUUGUUUGAGCAAUUUAAUGUCCCUUGUGUUUAUAUAUCGAUUCAAGCCGUUUUAUCACUUUAUGCAUCUGGUAGAACAACUGGGGUAGUAAUUGAUAGUGGAGAUGGAGUCAGCCAUAUAGUUCCGGUUUAUGAAGGGUUUUCGUUACCAACCUCGAUCAAAAGAAUGGAUAUAGCAGGACGAGAUAUAACUGAACAUUUAUCAUUUAACAUUCGAAGAAUGAGUGGUGUUUUAUUGAGUAGUAGUUCCGAAUUAGAAAUUGUUAGACAAAUUAAAGAGAAAACAUGUUUUAUAUCCAAAGAUCCCUUGAGAGAUGAAAAAUUAUAUUCAGGCUCAGCAUAUACCCAUUAUGUGAAUCCAUCAACUAAUCAAGAACUGGAGUUAUUUACUAGUUAUAAAUUACCUGAUGGACAUUCGCUUCAGUUAGGAGUUGAAAGAUUUAGAUCACCAGAAAUCUUGUUUAAUCCUCAACUAAUUGGGAACGAAUCACCAGGUAUUCAUGAAUUAACAUCCUUAGCCAUCAAUAAAACUGAUUUAGAUUUAAGGCCAACACUAUUUCAAAAUAUUAUAUUAUCGGGAGGUAACACAUUAAUAAAGAAUUUCGGAGAUCGAUUAUUAACAGAAUUGAAAUCACAACAACAAAACCAAAGUGCAUCGAGUAUAUGGAGUAAUCUGAAUAAUGUGGGAGGAGGAACAACCAAAAUGAAAGUUAAGAUAUAUGCUCCACCAGAAAGAAAAUAUUCAACUUGGAUUGGAGGAUCAAUUUUAGCAGGGUUAUCAACUUUCAAGAAAAUGUGGGUUACAUCCCAAGAAUUUGCAGAAGAUCCCGAAAUCGUUCAUAAAAAAUGUUUAUAG